AUGCGGAGCCGGGGGGAGGUGUGCCUAUCAUCCCGAUGGCCCCGAGGCUCCGGGCAGCUCGCAUCUCGCCCCGCGCACCCCUCCCGGCCACUGCGGGCGGGGGCGCACGGCGUCACGAGGCGGGGAGCCCGAGGUCCGGGGCGGGGCGCCGGGGAAUCCCAGCCCGAGCGAGCCGGGAGGUGCGGGCGCGGGCGGGCAAGGAGGUGCGCGCGGAGGGAGCAGAGCGCGCGGAGCCGGCGGGCGAGGAGGAGGACGGCGAGGGAGGCCCCGCCCCCGCCUCCCGGAGCCCGCUCCUCGCCGCCGCCGAGCCCGCUCACUUUGCCUUUCGCCUCUGGACGGCGACCGGGCUGCGAGCGCCAGGGACCCGGCAGACUUGCCCACGGAGCCUCGGCUAACGCUCGCCCUCCGGGAGACCGGCGCCACCUGGAGCUGCGGCCAGCCACCCGGACUCCGAAGGGAGCGAACCCGGGAGCGAGGGGCGGCGGCGCUGACACCGCGGAGGACGCGGGUGGUGCGGGGCGCGAGCCCCCGGGGGAGCGCGGGCCCCGACGGCGCGGCCACCCCGUGCGCGCAGCGGCCAGGCCCCCGGGGCGGCCAGCCAUGACCUUCGGGCGCGGCGGGGCGGCCUCGGUGGUGCUGAACGUGGGCGGCGCCCGGUAUUCGCUGUCCCGGGAGCUGCUCAAGGACUUCCCGCUGCGCCGCGUGAGCCGGCUGCACGGCUGCCGCUCGGAGCGCGACGUGCUCGAAGUGUGCGACGACUACGACCGGGAGCGCAACGAGUACUUCUUCGACCGGCACUCGGAGGCCUUCGGCUUCAUCCUGCUGUACGUGCGCGGCCACGGGAAGCUGCGCUUCGCGCCGCGGAUGUGCGAGCUCUCCUUCUAUAACGAGAUGAUCUACUGGGGCCUGGAGGGCGCGCACCUAGAGUACUGCUGCCAGCGCCGCCUAGACGACCGCAUGUCCGACACCCACACCUUCCACGCGGCAGACGAGCUGGGCCGCGAGCAGCCUCGUCCCGCCGGACCCGAGGCGGCUCCCUCCCGGCGCUGGCUGGAGCGCAUGCGGCGGACCUUCGAGGAGCCCACGUCGUCGCUGGCCGCGCAGAUACUGGCCAGCGUGUCCGUGGUGUUCGUGAUCGUGUCCAUGGUGGUGCUGUGCGCCAGUACGCUGCCCGACUGGCGCGCGGCGGCCGCCGACAACCGCAGCCUGGAUGACCGGAGCAGGAUAAUUGAAGCUAUCUGCAUAGGCUGGUUCACUGCGGAGUGCAUCGUGCGGUUCAUCGUCUCCAAAAACAAGUGUGAGUUUGUCAAGAGACCCCUGAACAUCAUUGACUUACUGGCAAUCACGCCCUAUUACAUCUCUGUGCUAAUGACAGUAUUUACAGGAGAGAACUCUCAACUCCAGAGGGCCGGGGUCACCUUGCGGGUCCUCCGAAUGAUGCGGAUCUUCUGGGUGAUUAAGCUUGCCCGGCACUUCAUCGGUCUGCAGACACUGGGCUUGACUCUCAAGCGAUGCUACCGAGAGAUGGUUAUGUUACUUGUCUUCAUCUGUGUUGCCAUGGCAAUCUUCAGUGCACUCUCUCAGCUCCUUGAACAUGGGUUGGACCUGGAAACAUCCAACAAGGACUUCGCCAGCAUCCCCGCUGCCUGCUGGUGGGUGAUAAUCUCUAUGACUACAGUUGGCUAUGGAGAUAUGUAUCCUAUCACAGUGCCUGGAAGAAUCCUUGGAGGAGUUUGUGUUGUCAGUGGGAUUGUUCUGUUGGCAUUACCUAUCACUUUCAUCUACCAUAGCUUUGUGCAAUGCUACCACGAGCUCAAGUUUAGAUCAGCUAGAUAUAGUAGGAGCCUCUCGGCUGAGUUCCUGAAUUAA